CCUCGUGGAUGGAUUAACUGGAUGGUGGCUGCUGUUGCCCUGUGCUACAAGUAGCUUUCAGCACACACCUUGAAUUCUCCUGUCCAUGCUAGGCACAUGGAGCUGAAGGAGACCACCCGUGAUCACGCAGGAAUGCGCAAUUUGGCCUUCCAGAAUAACACCGAAGACAUGGACAUUAUCGAUCAGGACAGUAUUGGAGACAGUUCACAGAAAAUCAAGAAUUCACAAAAGGACAAAACUGUACUUAAUAAUAAGACGGAUGAACACAUCAAUAUUGAGAGUGAUCUGCAUGAAAACAAACACAACUCAGCAGCUGAGGAACAACCACACUUAAAAGGGCCUUUAGAAAAGAAAUAUGAUAAAGCCUGUGAUUUUUGCAAGAAACAUAAAACCAGAAUCAACUAUGUGAUCUAUGGAAUAUUAAUAACAGCUUACUUGGCAGUAGUUAUUGCGGCCUGCAGCUUGAAUUUUCAGAGGGCCUUUCCUCUCCUCAUCAUUACUGUCCUAGCUGUCGUCUUCAUCUGCUGGGAUUUUUUAGUAGCGAAGUAUGAAGACAGAGUUGCUGCAUUUUUUUCCCCUGGAGAAAGAUAUUUGGAGAAACAGUGGUUUUGGCUGAAAUGGGUGCUGUGUGCAGCUCUUAUCAUAGCUAUCAUCCUCUGGCUCAUCUUUGACACAGCGAAACAGGGAUCCCGCCAGAUGAUCUCCUUUGGUGGGCUUGUGAUGUAUGUUGUCUUGAUGUUUAUUUUCUCCAAAUACCCAACCAGAGUUGUUUGGAGACCUGUAUUUUCGGGAAUAGCAAUGCAGUUUAUUCUUGGAAUUCUUCUUCUGAGGACCAAAGUGGGGUUUGAUGUAUUUAACUGGCUAGGAAUUCAGAUCCAGACUUUUCUGGAGUACUCUGACACAGGUGCUAAGUUUGUGUUCGGUGAAAAGUAUACAGAUCAUUUAUUUGCUUUUAAGGUCCUGCCAAUUGUGGUUUUCUUCAGCACAGUAAUGUCUAUGCUAUAUCACCUCGGAAUCAUGCAGUGGCUCGUUGGAAAGGUUGGCUGGAUAAUGCACGUUUUUAUGGGGACAACUCCUGUUGAGUCUUUUGUAGCUGCUGGUAACAUAUUUGUGGGACAGACAGAGUCUCCUCUCCUGGUACGGCCCUAUUUACCAUACAUCACCAAAUCUGAACUCCAUGCAGUCAUGACAGCAGGAUUCUCCACUAUUGCUGGAAGUGUCUUAGGAGCAUACAUUUCUUUUGGGAUUUCUGCCUCCCACCUACUGACUGCUUCCGUCAUGUCAGCACCAGCAUCAUUAGCCACCUCCAAACUAUUCUGGCCAGAAACUGAAAAGCCUCAAGUAACUUUGAAGAGUGAUCUUAAAAUGGCAAAAAGUGAAUCAAAGAACCUGCUGGAGGCAGCCAGUCAAGGUGCAUCUAGCUCCAUUCUGCUGGUGGCAAACAUCGCUGUGAACCUGAUCUCCUUCCUUGCCCUGCUGGCUUUCAUUGAUUCAGCCCUCUCUUGGGUGGGCAAUCUGUUUGACUAUCCACAGCUGAAUUUCGAGAGCAUUUGUUCAUAUAUCUUCAUGCCAUUCUCCUUCAUGAUGGGAGUAGAUUGGGAAGACAGCUUUAUUGUUGGUGGACUUCUAGGUUACAAAACUUUCUUCAAUGAAUUUGUGGCUUACGAACGCCUCUCAAAACUGAUUAACAACCGAGAAAAGGGUGGGAGCAUGUACAUUAAUGAUGUGAAACAGUAUAUGACUGUCCACUCUGAAACAAUUGCCACCUAUGCGCUUUGUGGAUUUGCCAACUUUGGCUCUCUGGGACUGGUAAUAGGAAGCCUGACAAGCCUUGCUCCCUCAAAAAGAAAGGAAAUAGCCGGUGGUGCUUUCAGGGCUAUGAUUGCUGGAACUGUUGCCUGUUUCAUGACAGCCUGUAUUGCAGGAAUGCUGACUGUCCCUGGUGUGGAAGUUCCCUGCCACAUGUUAUUAGCAAAUGCCUUCAACUCCACAAGUUUCCCUGCCAACAGCACAGAGGUAGUCAAAUGCUGCCAGCAGCUCUUCACCAGUGCAAACAAUACUCAAGAGAGCUUCCUUGGAGGAAACUACCACCUGAGUUCCUGGAAAGGAUGUUGCGAAAUACUGAAUCAACCUGCUUUUAAUUGCACUUGGAUUAAACCUUGACUUGGGGUGGGAUAAAUCAUAACUAAGAGAUUUGUUUCUUGGCAGAAAAGUAAUUAAAAACUUCCUUUUCCACAACAAGUACAAAAAAAAAAAAAAAAAAGAAACAAAACAAAAAAUUGACCUUUGUUUCCUGUCUCUUGCAAGCCCAAUUCCUAUGAUGUGCAUGGAAUUACUUCAAAUUUAAACUGGGAUAAAAGCAAGAGACCUCUUGCUGCAGAUCUCUUCUCCUGUUAGAGAUCAGAAAGGCGGAGAAAAUUUCUGAGCCUGCAUCUUCUGCUUUCAUUUUCACCUUGAAACAGAUGACUACAUGGGAUAAAGCUGCUCUAGGCAAGAAGGAAAUCAGAUUCAGGAUUUGACUUCCAAUUACAGAAAGUUAUGAAGUGGAAAUAAUGUUUAGAAUUGCCAUCCUACUAGUAUUUUUGCUCUUUUUGAUACCUAAGAAAUAAUUUUACAGCACCAAGAUAAAUGACUGUUCUCAGAAAUCUCUGUAUAUUUCUUCUGGUAACUAUGGCUACAUGUGAACUGAGCUGCUAACAUGCAGUGAACCUCACCACUUUGGUCACCAAAGUACACAGAUCAGGGACGAGCCGCCAUGUGCUCCAGACCCCCUCUUUCCACAGUCAGACAGAGGGGAGAACUAAUGCAUGCCCUAAGGGCAGGAGGUGUCCACUCUGUACCUGGAUUCAGGGUGUUGGUCCCUGUUGAGAGGUAACUCAUCAGAAUCAAAAUGUCCAAAUUCUAAGGAAAGUUUCCCCUACCAACUCAUCUCAGUCUUUGUUGCUAACAAUUCUGAAGGUUGAUCCUGUAGCCACCAAGUGGGUACUCACUGCAGUAUUCCUACCAGAAACAACAGAGGUGUGCUGCUAACUGAACAUGGCUAAAAUCUGGUCAGAAUCUGACUGCUCCCUGUGAAAGCAGCAUUUGUGGAUCACGAAUACCAGACCAUGAAUAGAAGGAUGUGCUAUCAAACAAAAUAAGUCUGUUGAGCAGUGUCUUAUUUUUUGUCAUCCAGUUACGUCUUCUGCAACAGGGUGGAGGAUACAGGUUUGUUUCCAAAUCUCAGUAAGAUAGGUCCUGCAACAAAUUGCAUAAUGGAACAGCUGUUUUAAUAAGAUAGGGAAACAAACAAACAAACAGGAAUAUUGGUAGAGAGUAAAUCUUAUGUCCCUUCAGAUGCUGGGAACCCUGGCUUCAUGCAGCACUGGAUGGACCCCAGGUGAGUUUUCCCAUAGCAGGCUGCAUGGUUCCCAUCCAUGGAGAGGUUCACCUGGGGUCUUUCUGAUGCUGUCUGAAAGGAGAGUUCCCACCAUCUGAAGGAACGUAAGAUUUACUCAUUAUAUUCUUUAUUAUUAUUAUUAUAGGACAUAAGAUUUACUUGUUAUACCCCUCUUUUCUUUUUUUGUUCUGUCUUCAAACAGCUGAACUAUCCUCUUUACUUCUCUCCAUGCAGAACGCUGUGUUUUCAUGUGUAAAUAUCACAAAAAAAAAAAAGGGGGAAAGAUAAGCUGUAUGUAGGUAAUAAAAUAUGUUUUGAAUUUUCUUAAUAAUGUGUUUUUGAGAUCCAUCUGUUGACUGAAGUGUU